AAUGGACUCGGUCAUGUCUUGCGGUAGGACUGGGCCCACCGCGGGCCCCAAGGCCCUGGCCUUCUCCAUCGAGCGAAUCAUGUCCAAAAGCUCAGAACCGAGGUGGGGUUCGGAGGAGCGCUCCGAGGGAAAGAAGCUGCUGGGUUUCUGCUCUCCGAUCCCCUGCAUGAUCCCCCUGCAGCCCCUCAGCUACGACCUGCACACCAAGGCUCUGAUGAACUACUCUGAACUGUGGAGAUCCAGUUUCAGGGCCUGCCCGGGUCUCAAGCAGCCGGUACCGACGCACGGGAGCAGAGUGGUGAAACCGCAGGUUGUGCAUCAGGCCGUGUCCGUGCCCAGCUGCGCGUCCCUCUACUACCUGAACUACCAGCAGUCCGAGCUGCUGGCCGGACCCUGGUUCUCCGGGCCGCAGGCCCAGGCCCCCCUGUCGGCCCACCACAGACUGCUGCUGCUGGACCACAGCAAGCUGAGCGGCUCCGACAGGCUUCCCACCCCUCAGUACCCCCACAAGGAGCACCUGCCGGGCCAGCUGGACCACAUCGUGAAGGAGAACCAGGUUCUGUCCGCCGAGAAGAACUGCAUGAAGGCGCACGGGAAGGUGAGCGGAACCGGGACUGGAGCAGAUGGGAAACACAAGAACUUCACAUGUGAAGUGUGCGGAAAGGUAUUUAACGCGCACUACAACCUGACCCGACACAUGCCCGUGCACACCGGGGCCCGGCCCUUCGUGUGUAAGGUGUGCGGGAAGGGCUUCCGCCAGGCGAGCACGCUCUGCAGGCACAAGAUCAUCCACACACAGGAGAAGCCCCAUAAAUGCAGCCAGUGUGGGAAAGCGUUCAACAGGAGCUCCACACUCAACACGCACGUGCGGAUCCACGCGGGAUACAAACCGUUCGUGUGCGAGUUCUGUGGGAAGGGCUUCCACCAGAAAGGGAACUACAAGAACCACAAGCUGACCCACAGCGGAGAGAAGCAGUACAAGUGCUCCAUCUGCAACAAGGCCUUCCAUCAGAUCUACAACCUGACGUUCCACAUGCACACGCACAACGACAAGAAACCCUUCACCUGCUCCACCUGCGGGAAAGGCUUCUGCCGCAACUUUGACCUGAAGAAGCACAUCAGGAAGCUGCACGAGAGCAUCUCAAUCUCCGACGCCUCCAGGGACCUGCAGAGCUGA